UUCUCAUUUUACACAGGCAUAUUCUAUGGAGAGGAGACAAAGAAUCACAAACUUCAUCUAAUUUCUGGAUAUAUGCCUGAAUUAAAGAGAUUCUUGUUCUUCCUUGGGAAGCUUGAUGGUGGCCUCAAAUUGGUGACAGAGGCGACAGUUUUCAGGAGGCAUUUCCUGCCUUUGUGGUGCCACCGAAUGCUGUUUGGGUUUUGAGUAUGUGAGCAAACACUUGGAGACCUGGAUUAUUUUGGUUACACACUAAACAACCAGAGAAGCGAAGGGGAUUCUAACAUCCACUCAUUCGACAUCCUGCAAGAAGGAAACAACGUUCUAGGGUCCUUGACUUCUGGCAAUUCUUGUACUUGUGAGUCUGAAGAGGGGAAAAAAAAAUAUGCGUCACUGAAUAAACUCAGGUGUCGCUGAACUGCACUAAUGACGCUGCUUAGCCAUCUGGCCAUGGAGAUUGGAUUUGCCUGAAGCUUAAUCUCUUGGGAUUUGUACGCUUGACCGUUCUGCGACAUGUUUUCCAUUUAAAGUCGAAUCCAGAACUUUCUCUUUAAUAUGUAUGUAUCUGGGCAGUGAAAGCCUGAUGGAACUCACUCCGAAUGUGUCACAGGAGCUCACCGGAUGGUGAGAAGAAGGCUGGUGACGUGACACCCCCUGCUGACCUGCGGGAGAAUCUAGGUCCUUAUCUUUCAACGCUGCCUGACAGGCCAGGUCUCCAGGCCCUUUCCAUCAGUCACUGGGCUGGUGGUGACUCAUUAUGUUCCUUCACCCCAGGCUUUGAAGAAGUUGGAGUGCCAAAGAAGACCUUUGAAGUGUAAAAAUUCCUGUAAUUGAAACCAAAAUGUCUUUCAUAGAUCCUUACCAGCAUAUUAUAGUGGAGCACCAGUAUUCGCAUAAAUUCACAGUCGUGGUGUUACGUGCCACUAAAGUGACAAAGGGGGCCUUCGGUGACAUGCUUGACACUCCAGAUCCCUAUGUGGAACUCUUCAUCUCCACAACCCCUGAUGGGAGGAAGAGAACAAGACACUUCAAUAAUGACAUCAACCCUGUGUGGAAUGAGACCUUUGAAUUUAUUUUGGAUCCUAAUCAGGAAAAUAUUUUGGAGAUCACGCUAAUGGAUGCCAAUUAUGUCAUGGAUGAAACUUUGGGGACCGCAACAUUUCCUAUAUCUUCCAUGAAAGUGGGAGAGAAGAAAGAAGUUCCUUUUACUUUCAACCAAGUGACUGAAAUGAUUCUGGAAAUGUCUCUUGAAGUUUGCUCAUGCCCAGACCUGCGGUUCAGCAUGGCUCUGUGUGAUCAGGAGAAAACUUUCAGACAGCAGAGAAAAGAGAACAUCAAGGAAAACAUGAAGAAACUCCUGGGUCCCCAGAAGAGUGAAGGAUUGAGUUCUACACGGGAUGUGCCCGUGGUGGCUAUCUUGGGUUCUGGAGGGGGUUUCCGGGCCAUGGUGGGAUUCUCCGGUGUGAUGAAGGCACUAUAUGAAUCAGGAAUUUUGGAUUGUGCUACCUACAUUGCUGGUCUUUCUGGCUCCACAUGGUACAUGUCCACCUUGUACUCUCAUCCUGAUUUCCCAGAGAAAGGGCCGGAGGAGAUAAAUGAAGAGCUAAUGAAAAAUGUUAGCCACAACCCCCUUUUACUUCUCACACCACAGAAAGUUAAAAGAUACGUGGAGUCCUUAUGGAAGAAGAAAAGCUCUGGUCAACCCGUCACUUUCACGGACGUCUUUGGGAUGUUAAUAGGAGAAACACUAAUUCACAAUAGAAUGAACACUACUUUGAGUAGCCUGAAGGACAAAGUCAAUGCUGCCCGAUGCCCUUUGCCACUCUUCACCUGUCUCCACGUCAAACCCGAUGUGUCAGAGCUGAUGUUCGCAGAUUGGGUUGAGUUCAGUCCCUAUGAGAUUGGCAUGGCUAAAUAUGGCACUUUUAUGACUCCUGACUUAUUUGGAAGCAAAUUUUUUAUGGGAACAGUUGUGAAGAAAUAUGAAGAAAACCCCUUGCAUUUCUUAAUGGGUGUUUGGGGAAGUGCCUUUUCUAUACUGUUCAACAGAGUCUUGGGAGUUUCUGGUUCACAAAACAAGGGAUCUACAAUGGAGGAAGAAUUAGAAAAUAUCACAGCAAAGCAUAUCGUGAGUAACGACAGCUCGGAUAGCGAUGACGAAUCACAAGAACCCAAAGGUACCGAAAAUGAAGAUGCUGAAAGGGAAUAUCAAAAUGAUAGUCAGGCAAGUUGGGUCCAUCGUAUGAUAAUGGCCUUGGUGAGUGAUUCAGCUUUAUUCAAUACCAGAGAAGGCCGUGCUGGAAAGGUGCACAACUUCAUGUUGGGCUUGAACCUCAAUACGUCUUACCCACUGUCUCCUCUGAGAGACUUUACCACACAGGAAUCCUUCGAUGAUGACGAUGAUGAGCUGGAUGCAGCUGUAGCAGAUCCAGAUGAAUUUGAGCGAAUAUAUGAGCCACUGGAUGUAAAAAGUAAAAAGAUUCAUGUAGUGGACAGUGGGCUCACAUUUAACCUGCCUUACCCCUUGAUCCUGAGACCUCAGAGGGGUGUCGAUCUUAUCAUCUCCUUUGACUUUUCUGCAAGACCAAGCGAUACUAGCCCUCCGUUCAAGGAACUUCUACUUGCGGAAAAGUGGGCUAAAAUGAACAAACUCCCCUUUCCAAAGAUUGAUCCUUACGUUUUUGAUCGGGAAGGACUGAAGGAGUGCUAUGUCUUUAAACCCAAGAAUCCUGAUGUGGAGAAAGACUGCCCGACUAUCAUCCACUUUGUUCUGGCCAACAUCAACUUCAGAAAGUACAAGGCUCCAGGUGUUCCAAGAGAAACCAAUGAAGAGAAAGAAAUAGCAGACUUUGAUAUUUUUGAUGACCCUGAAUCACCCUUUUCAACCUUCAACUUUCAAUAUCCAAAUCAAGCAUUCAAAAGGCUGCAUGAUCUGAUGUACUUCAAUACCCUGAACAAUAUCGAUGUGAUAAAAGAUGCCAUCGUUGAGAGCAUUGAAUAUAGAAGACAGAAUCCAUCCCGCUGCUCUGUUUCCCUCAGCAAUGUUGAGGCAAGAAGAUUUUUCAACAAGGAGUUUUUAAGUAAACCCCAAGUAUAGUCUGGACAGGGCAGUGGUUUCUGAUGCUGCAGUUUGAAAUUCCAUGGUAACUGGAUUUAAAAGCACAGUACAGAGAGUCAUACUGAACAUAAAAGACUGACUGGUACAGGUGCAGUUGUUUAGCUGCCUGAAAAUGCUAAUACUACAAAUUUGUUAGGUGGAUAAAUGAUGUUGUUUAUGUAAAAAAUAUGCUUAGCAUCAGUUUCUGAAUUUCCUGAUGUAAAUGUAGGGACAUAUGCCAUAUUUUAAAACAUUCCUCACCAACCUUUGUAUGUGCGCUUUUCUUACAGAUGUGGUUUUCUUUUUGAGAUAUUUAAUAGUUCAGUAAGAAAGACUUGCCAUUGUUUGUGAAUGUUAUUCACUGAUCAGAAAUUUUUCAUGCCAUGAGACAACACUAUUUUUAUAUAUGUAUAUGUACAUAUAUCAAAUAAAUACAUCAGUCUGCAAAAUU